AUGUCUCACCAAUCUGGUAUUACCGCAUCGGAUGUGCUACGUGAAAAAUUCGCUCAAAUAAAAGAUCACAAUUCUCAUACACGUCUAUUGACGGUAGUAAUUGAGCACGAAUCGCUUGUACCCAAAGAACAAUGCGAUAUUGAAGGCUCCUUUAAUGAAGAUUUUGAUCAAUUACUCAAUUCAUUAGUCAAACCUGAUCGAUCUUGUUAUUAUUUUAUUCGUCUUGAUACAACAAAUGAAACAGGUGGUUCCAAUUGGUUAUUGAUCACAUGGAUUUCAGAAGAUGCUAAAGCAUGUACAAUCAGACAUAAAUAUUUCGAUACGCUAACUAACAGUUAA